AUGGCGACAGAACAACGUUAUGUGCUGUUUGAAAAUGCGUCAGGAUACAGUAUUCUUCUUGUCAAGGAAUUCGACGGAAUUACAACCAACUUCUCGGCUCAUGCGCAUUCAUUUUUGAAGCCGAUUGCUUUUGUUCCUUUUAACUCCCUUGCCGAGGCCCUCGAUAAUGUGCAGUCUAUUAACGAGGGCCGGGUGUCUGCACUACUGUCGGACUUUUUGAGACAGAACAUGCCCGUCAAAGACGCUGUCCUCGGGGUAGUUGACCAAACCCUCGGUGAAGCCAUUCUAAAUCUCGACAUUGGCUUUGGGUGUAUCUGGGAUUCAUCUGUUCGUGAGCUGCUACGAGUAGUCCGGGCCAAUUCCUCUCGGCUUCUGCGUUCCCUCGUUGUGCAGCCAGGUUCUGCAAAAGAUGUUACAAGAAAAUGUGCUAGCGCCGCCGAGGAGACUGCAUCCGGUCGACACACUGAAAAACGUACACGCCUAGUUGUGAGUUUAUCGCGUGCUCGUCUGCAGCUGGAUCUCAUUCAGCACCUUGCUGAUACUGGUGUCGUACGUUCUCUUGACCUUCUUGAUUCCAUGGAUGCGAGUCUCUGCAAGUCAAUGAAACAUCUGCGUUCCGCCUACGGACUUCACUUCCCGGAAAUCUGUUGCAAUGGUGGGUUACCCGGGAUGGACGAUUACACCCUUGUCUCAAUCGUUGCCCAUUCUCCCCAGAGGGAUCAUUUGGUGCAAGCGCAAGAGAAAUUGAUUGAGUGGACCGGUGGAAAUCAGCAGAUGGCAGACACUGUUAUCAGUCUUGCAAAAACGUCCACUGGACAGGAUUUAUCGCGUGAUGAUAUUACAACCCUACAACAAUACGGCCAGUUUUUGCUCAGGUUGCUCAAGUCAAGAACCAAGUGUUGUGCUAUGCUGGAACGACGAGUUCGGUCGCUUGUUCCCAAUUUGACCGCGUUACUGGACGCAGCGCUUCCUGGUGAGGAAGCCAACAUCAGCCCAGAGCGAGUUCGGAAAGUUGGGGACCGUGUCUCGGCUGUGUUCGUCGUCGCUCGUCUUCUCUCCCAUGCCGUUAACCUUGACAGGCUUGCUAAAAUGCCAAGCUCUCGAGUCAACUCGCUAGGCGCAUCCAAGUCCCUCUUCCGCCAAAGCGGUGCGGUUGCAGCGGCCUCGGCGGGUCUGCUUGGUCGUGCCGUCGGUGUCGACGGCGCCGACUCAACAAACAAGGCUCUCUCCUCGCUGACGAGGAACAUUGUCGAAAUGAGUGGUGGCCGCCUGCGGCCCAUUGUCGUUCGACGUCGCGUGGCUCGCCUUCUCGCGGCGAAGUCAACACUGGCCUGUCGGGCGGACUGCUACCGUCGAAUGAACCCAUUUAACGAGACUCCGACGGAGCCCAAAAGCUUUGCGUCUACGCCGAAGUUGGACACUGGCGAGUACGGGACUGAUCUUGGCGAGGAGACGAAACGGCAGUUGCGGGUGUGGGCCGAGGCUAACGGAGUGCACGUGGAGAGGACUGUGGAGGAGCUAGAGGUUUGUCUGUUUCCGUUAAGAUAG